ACACCUCGUCGCCUCCACUACCUUCAACCUCCUUCACCUUCCUUUCACAUCCACAUCUCACCUCCCGAUACACUCCCCCCCCACACUCACCAUGUUGUCCAACCACGUCAGCGCAGAUCAGAUCCUCGAGAGGGCAGCAGACCACCCUCAUCUCAGCCUCAUCCAAAAGGCAGGGGGUGGAAACACUCACACCAGCCACAGCACCAUUCGUGGUGGAAGGUACCAGAUUGAGGGAAUCCCCAAGUACAGUCUGCCCAAGGACGGAAUCUCCGAAGAGGCAGCCUACCAUCUCCUCACCGACGAGAUCACUCUCGAUGCCAAGCCCACCCUCAACCUCGCUUCCUUUGUACACACUUCCCUCCCCGAGUGGGGUGAGCGACUCGUGGACGAGACAAAAUACAUCAACAUUGUAGACCAGGACGAGUACCCUGCCACCCUCCAGAUCCAUGGCCGAUGCAUCUCACAGCUCGCUGACCUCUGGCACGCUCCUCAGCCCAAGGACAAGGACGGAAACGUGCAGAGUGCGUUUGGAACAGCAUGCACUGGUUCCUCCGAGGCGAUCAUGCUUGGUGGACUGGCAAUGAAGAAGCGAUGGCAGGAGAAGCGACAAAAGGAGGGAAAGCCUUGGAAGGGACUCGGAAACGUAGUCUUUGGCUCCAACGCACAGGUCGCCAUUGAAAAGUUUGCUAGGUACUUUGACCUCGAGAUGAGAUUGGUGCCCACUAGCCCAGAGAGCCACUACCGCAUGGACCCAAAGAAGGCCAUUGACAUGGUAGACGAGGAGACCAUUGGAGUCAUUGUCAUCCUCGGCAGUACCUACACAGGCCACUACGAGCCAGUCGAGGAGAUGUCCAACCUCUUGGACGACCUGCAGAAGCGCACCGGCCUCGACGUCCCCAUUCACGUCGAUGGAGCCUCGGGCGCCAUGGUAGCUCCCUUUGCCUCUCCCGACCUCAAGUGGGACUUCCAGAUUCCCCGAGUCGUAUCCAUCAACACUUCCGGCCACAAGUUCGGUAUGACCAAUGUCGGUUUGGGCUGGGUCAUUUUCCGACACCCAGACGUAGUGCCCAAGGAGCUGGUCUUUGAGCUCCACUACCUCGGAUCUGUAGAGUAUUCCUUUGGACUCAACUUCUCUCGCCCUGCCAAUCAGGUCCUCGCACAGGCGUUCCGCUUCCUCUCACUGGGCUUCAGCGGCUACCAGGAGGUGAUGGAAAACGACUUGAAGAAUGCUCGUCUGCUGUCGCGUGCAUUGGAGAUGUCCGGCAAGUUCGACGUCCUCUCCGACAUCCACCGUCCCAUUUCUAGCCUCGCUGCUGCAGGUGCCAAGGCCGGCAUUCUGGAUGAGGACUCGGCAGCCUACUACGAGGCCGGUCUGCCAGUCAUUGCCUUUAAGUUCACCGACGACUUCAAGAAGCAGCACCCUCACAUCAAGCAAGCAUGGAUGCAGACUCUCCUCCGUGUCAAGGGCUGGGUCGUGCCCAACUAUGAGCUCAGCCCCGACUGUGACAAGAUUGAGGUCUUGCGAGUAGUGGUGAGGGAGACGAUGACUGAGGACAUGGUUGCCCAACUCGUCCACGAUGUCCUCUCCAUUACCGAAGACCUAGAGGACAAGGAUUCUAGCUCUUCUCAACUCGCCUUGCUUGGUCAAGGUAGUGGAAGUGAAGCUCAGCAAAAGGAGAACAAGUUCAAGCACAAGGGAAAGCAUGGAAACAAGAAGCACAUGGACUUGGAACGAAAUGCUGCUAGGAUGGACAAGGGGACGGGUGUCAAGGCUACUGGGUAUGCUAGACAGUGUUAAUCUGUAGCCUUGAUCACGAUGAGGGGGAAGUCUGUAGAACGCAAAGGCCGAAUGGUAGAGGAAUGUGAAACAGUGUAGAUUGAGCAAGUCUGUUUCUUUCCGUCUCGAAUAUAAAUAAGGAACGUUUGCGUUACACCGACCG